AUGUAAAAUAUUUUAUUACCUUAUACAAAAGAACUUCAAAGUACAUAAAAUUUAAUAUAUAGGACUCGAGAACUGCCUUGAAGGAAGUUAAUAGUGGAUCUUAUGUAAACCCUUUGUAAGGUAAGAGAUUUGUUAAAAUUUGAAGAAUAAAUGUAAAGAGCAAAAUAGAAUGUUUUAAAGUUAGAAUCCAUUCAUGAAAACAAAAAGAAGUUAUAAGCUGAUUUAAGAACAAAACUAUAAAAGUUGAAUGAUAAAUUAUCUUAAUCAAUGAUAGAAAGUGUAAAAAAUAAAGAAACUCAAUUGAUGGCAUUAACAAAUAAGUUAAAAAAAAAGAAUUUAAGAAGAAAACCUAGAAAGAUGUCUGUUUAAGAAGAAAUUAAAGAAAUCAAAGAAGAACUCUCAGCUAAAGUUGAAUUAAUUGAGUAAGUUCCAUAGAAAAUUUCAUAAAAAAAAAGUAGUUACAAUUUAAGAAACUCCAAUUAUAAAGUUGGUAGAGCCUAAAAAUUUAGAUGA